AUGGCAAAACUCACCAAAACAGAUCCACACAUCGAUGGCUUUAAGGCACAACAGCUUUCUGUUUCUUUUGUAGGCACAACGGCUUUAAGGCACGCCAGUUCUGCACAUCGACGGCUUUACCUUCUCCUUGUCAACAAAGCAGAGGGCAGGGAUGGUUCAAAGGCAAUAGUAGAGCAAAGGACAGUUGCUAGACGUAUUGGAGAAUUAUGCUUCGACCCGUCAACCACCGAGUUAAGAUAA